AGAGAGAGAGAGAGAGAGAGGAGGACUAUAAUAGUAUAAUCUACAUAGAAAUAUAAGAGGUUACAGAAAGGCCAAAGGAGGUUCUCUUUCUCUGCAAUCAAAAGCACAGCUCAUUUUGUGUAUUCGUGAGUUUAGAUAUUAUAUUAAGCUCUAUCACAGCUUCCUCUUCUUACCCUCCUCAUACUCAAAUUCUUGUAUUGUCAUCACUUAAAGCCACUAUUGUUGAACUUUGAUGUCUAUGCCCCUAGCAGAGCAUGAUUACAUAGGCUUGUCAGAGGUUCCUUCAAUGGAAAACUCUGAGAGAAUCACUGUACCAUCUGAAGGCAUUGAGAGGUCCAAAGGUUUGAACUUGAAAGCCACUGAACUGAGACUUGGCUUACCCGGUUCUGAGUCACCAGAGAGAGAUAGUGGACAUGGUGGGGUGGAGGAAAAGACUGUACACCCACUUGGUGUACCGAAGAACCUUGUGUCAGGUGCCAAGAGGGGUUUCUCUGACACCAUUGACGGUGGUUCUGGGAAGUGGGUUUUCUCUGGGAAUGUUGGAUCUGGUGUUGAUUUGGCCAAAAAUGGUGGUUUUCUCUCUCCUAGAGGUGUCAAUGGUUGUGGGAAGACUCUUGGUGUUACUGGGUCUGAAGCUAACACUCAGCAGUCAGUUGUGGCUUCCAAUGGUGUGAAAGAGGUGGUUCCACCGUCGCCGGAGAAGAAGCCUCAGAUUUCAGUUGCAAAUGGCCAUGGGGUUGCUCCCGCUGCAAAGGCACAGGUGGUAGGAUGGCCACCAAUUCGAUCUUUCCGAAAGAAUUCAAUGGCUAUUAAUCCUCCUAAAAAUGAUGAUCAUGUGGAUGGAAAGUCAGGAUCGGGUUGCCUUUAUGUCAAAGUCAGUAUGGACGGAGCUCCAUAUUUGAGGAAAGUUGAUCUCAAGACCUACUCCAGCUAUAAGGAGAUGUCUUUGGCUCUGGAAAAGAUGUUUAGCUGUUUUACAAUAGGGCAUUGCGGGUUUCAUGGAGUUCCUACCCGAGAUGGGCUGAGUGAGAGUCGAUUAAUAGACCUUCUCCAUGGUUCUGAAUAUGUACUCACCUAUGAAGACAAGGAUGGUGAUUCAAUGCUUGUUGGUGAUGUUCCAUGGGAGAUGUUUACCGACUCUUGUAGGAGGCUGAGGAUCAUGAAAAGUUCAGAUGCAAUUGGGCUAGCCCCCAGAGCAGCGGAGAAGUGCAAAAACCAUAAUUAACGCAAUAUUGUCACUGCAAGCUGACCAAUUCUCCUUGAGCAAAAGAAAGUCAUCUCUAUCUAAAUGCUGGGAAACCUUGGGAUUGGAUUCUAGUUGGGCACUGGGGUUAUUAGUGUGUCUAUGUUUGUAAGUGUCAUAAGACUUGGUGCACUGGAAAAUAAUUUCUAGUAGGCAAGAGAUGUGUUACUAUCAAUAGUUGUAGGUUUUUUGAGUUUGUACUUCUCUCUCUCUCUCUCUCUCUUUCAAGUACUCCUGGAUUGUUGCUUGUUAUCAAGGCUUCUAUACU